GCAGUAGUUAAUUUAUUCUUCAUUAAUCAACUAAUUCAUUUGGUUUAAUUACAUUUGAUACUAAGAUUGAUUGAUUCUAAUUAAUUUAAAGCAUCACUCAUUUUCAAUAUGAUAAAAUAGGAACAUGUAAAAUUUUCGAUUAAUUCUAAUUAGAAAGCUCAAAGCUAGAGUGAAAAAACGAAUGAAAGAAUAAAUUAAUUCAUUAUUAUUUGGCAUAGGAA